GUACGCUGGCCGUGUGGCGGCGCCGCGCGGUAAACAAAAUCAAGCGCACCCUGUUUUUUUUUCAGUUGACCAAUCACAGACGGCGAAUGAUGUAAACACGGAAGUGGCUAACGCAACAAACACAAGAAACGAGAAGGUGAUAUAUUUAUACAGUUAUGGAGAAAAGCCACAAGCAGAUUCUUCAACGCAACAGGACCAAUCUGGUGACAGACCUGGACCCAGAAAACCUCUAUGAUGGUCUGUUGGAGAAAGGAGUUUUUACCCAGGACAUGAUUGAUGAGAUAAAGAGCUCUGGGACCAGACGUAACCAGGCCAGGAAGUUAGUCCAGGACUUGGAGACCCGUGGGAGUCGGGCCUUUCCAUUAUUUCUGGAGUGCCUUCGGGAGACAGGACAGCACAGUUUGGCAGAGCUUCUCCAGAAUGGAGCUCCAGCAGUUCAGCUACAGCCUGCAACACCCACUGAGGUUGUCCCCCUUGUUGUCCAGCCUCUCCCGAUUCGCUCUCCUAUGGAUGUUGAUAAGCAAAGAAUAGACAUUGUCCCUGUCUAUCCAAUACGGAGGCCCAGUCCUACUCCAAGUCCAUCACCUGAAAGGGAGUACAUAAAACCAGUGCAACAAGGCAGAAUUCGACGGGAUAGUAUUCAGAGCUAUAAAAUGGAUGCCAGCCCAUGUGGACAUUGCCUCAUCAUAAACAACGUAGACUUUAAACCAGAGAGCCAGCUGAGUAAUCGCAAAGGGUCCAACAUAGAUUCUGACAAGCUGGAGAGGAGAUUCAAGGCACUCAACUUUAUUGUGAACGUUAAGACAAACCUGAAACAAAAGCAAAUCAGACAUGAACUGUCGGCUUUAUCUAAGACAGACCACUCACAAUAUGACUGCUGUGUGGUUAUCAUGCUGUCCCAUGGGACUGAGGUGAGUCACAGCCGCUUCCCUGGUUCCGUGUAUGGUGUGGACGGACAGGAUGUCCCAGUUCAGAACAUCACAAACUACCUCAAUGGCCAGCAUUGUCCAUCUUUACAGGGAAAACCCAAACUUUUCUUCAUACAGGCCUGCGGAGGAGGUCAAAAAGACACAGGCUUUGAGGUGUCCCCUGAUGAUGAUGUUAAACCGUCCAUCGGUGGAGCAGAUGAUCAGACGGACGCCAUUCCGAUGUCAUCCAGCAGCGACUCUCUGAGCACGUCCGACGAACCGGACGCCAGAGCCACGCUGCCCACCCCGAGUGACAUUCUGGUGUCCUACUCUACUUUUCCUGGUUACGUUUCUUGGAGAGACACCCAGGCAGGCUCCUGGUACGUGGAGACGCUAGACCGUAUCCUUGAGGAAAAUGCCGCUACCGAUGACUUGAUCACAAUGUUGACGAUGGUUAACAAUGAAGUCUCUCAAAACUCUGCAAAAGGUCUCUACAAGCAAAUGCCUGGUUCCUUUAACUUCCUCCGCAAAUCGUUCCACUUUCAAACCCAAGCAUAGCGGCAAAGUUCGGCUUCACACUUCUCAGUUUCACUUUCAGGGAAUGUUGGUCUUUUUCAAUGCCAUAACGCUUGAAGGUAAUUUCUUGCGAUUGUAUGAAUUUGAAUUUGCUAAAUAGUGGUUGUACUUUUACAGACAAAAUCAUGUUAUACUGUACGUUUCUACUGUUUGUCAUGUCUUGUUGGGUUUUUAAAUCGUUGGCUUUGGGUGUAGGUGUCAUCUUGGAAAGAAAAUAUUUCCGUACUGUGAAAAUAUGGUUCUGGUUAUUUUUUUUUUUAAAUAUUCUUGU